AUGAUUCAUAAUGGCACAAACAGUCCUGCAUCUGGAUCUUUCCGCCAAUCCAUGAAAAGCUUGAGACACAUACAUAACGAAACAGUGAAUAUAUACUCCCACCUGUUCGGGGCGGUCCUCUUCGUCACUCUUCCGUUUUAUGUAUAUGCCAAGGUUUAUCCUCGCUAUGUCAGCGCUCAACUGGGCGACAUCAUCGUUUUCUCCACUUUCUUCUUUGGAGUGGCCAUAUGCUUCUUUCUCUCGGCGUCCUUCCAUAUUGUGGCGAACCUUAGUGAGUGUGUAGCAGCACGAGGAAAUCAACUUGAUUAUGUAGGUGUUGUGGUUUUGAUGUGGGGAUCCACCAUUCCUUCCAUCUACUAUGGGUUUUACUGUGACCCAAACCUCCAGGUACUAUACUGGUUAGUGGUCACCAUAUUAGCAGCUGCUUGUGUUGCUGCAACUCUCGAUCCACAAUUCCGCCAUCCGCGUCUUCGGCCGUAUCGGGCAGCGAUGUAUUCUGGCUUGGGUCUUUCUGCGAUCAUAUUCAUCAGUCACGGGGUUGCGAUUCAUGGCUGGGAGAUCCAGAAUCAUAGAAUGAGUCUGGGCUGGAUGGGAUUGAUGGGUGGAUUAAACCUCAUAGGCGCGUCAGCUUAUGCCACCAGGAUUCCGGAAAGAUGGUAUCCCCGGAGACAUGAUAUAUAUGGCAGCAGUCAUCAGAUUCUCCAUUUCAUGGUUAUCUUCGCUGGACUGACACAUAUGAUCGGCUUGCUGAGUGCAUUCGAUUAUCUGCAUACUCAGAUUAGUCCCUGCACAUAG